GAUCUGCUGGCGCUUCGCUCCUCGCCGCUGCGUCGGUGGCACUGGGCAUCCACGCAAGGAGGAGUGCCACCCGCUGUAACCUGGUUCCGCGCGGGCGUGCUGGGAAGCAUGGAGGAGAGGCUCGCCGGGGAAGGGAAGGGGCGGCGCUGUCGACCGCCGGCCGUUCCGUGGCUCCGCGGCGUCGUGCUGGGGAAGCGUGGAGGGACAAGCUCGCCGGGGAAGCGAAGGAGCGGCGCUGCCGACCGGGCCGCCGCCGCCGCGCGUGGGCCUGUGCGGGAGGAACAGAGUGAAGACCGCGCCCUGGAGUGCGGGCCGGGCCGAGAAAACGGCCAUCAGGCCCACCUCGCGCCCAAAGCCCGGUACGGCGACGGUGUCAGGUAAUUUCGCCUUCAAAUACCCCCGCCUUGGCGCCCGAGCGUAACCGCCUCAACCAACAGCCUUCUCCCCGUCGCCGGAGCUCCAAGAAACCAAGACCCCGCUCUCCACCGCGCAGCGCCCACCUCCUCUGCUCCCCAGCGGCCCGGCGCCGGCGGCGACCGAUGGACCGGUUCUACGACGAGCAGUACGUGCGGCUGCGGAACCGCGAGCUCGACAAGUACUACCUCCACGCCGACGACGACGGGGUGGGCGUCUCCAUCAGCCAGCGCCGCAACUCAAUGAACGUGGCCUGGAGGGUGCACAUCUACCACGCCGCCAACGGCCCGUACGUGCUCCUCCACAGCGCCGCCUACGGCCGCUACCUCGCCGCCACGGCCACGCUGGCGCCAGCCUUGUACCACGGCUUCCGCGCCGAGCUACGCGACUACGACCAGCCGGAGGUGCCGGAGAUCAUGUGGCUGGACAUCAGGGCGGGGCUGGGGCGUGGUGUCCUGCUUCAAAACGCCCGCGACCGCUACCUCCGCGCCAACGGCAAGUACCUCCGCUGGAACACCGGCGUCACCGUCGAGAACAGAGACAUUGUGAAUGAGAAGGUCAGCGCCAUGAUGCGCUGGAUCGUCGAGCCCAUCGCCCUCACAGAGCGCGCGCCUCGCAUUCCAGACCCUAUUCGGGCCCGCCUCCCUGAAGACCUCUCCGUCGUCGUGUUCGGGCGCCAGCCAGGGGCGUUGCGGGGGAUUCGGUUCGUGCAAGCGAGCGACGAGGGGCUCUACAACGAGGCCGGGGAAGGCUGGUUCGCGUUCGAUAUCAGGGGGAGGUCCUUGUACUACCUGAGGGACCGGCUGGCCAGAGAGGUCAACCAGCACCGGCCCGAGGGCAUCGCCAUGUGCGUCCGAGCGGGCCGCUACGGGAGGCUGACCCCACUUGUCGUCGACCUGCCCCGCCGUGGCUGGGGCGACAUCUUCCAGAUCGUUGUCUUCAUCUCCGGGACCGCUGCCUAUGCUGCGCUGCGAUACCCGAAUGUCGGCGGAGCGUAGAGAAGGAUCAGAGCCGGAGUCCUGACAGUUCACCUCUUCAGAAGUUUCGCCGCCUCGGAUACAACAAUGGCAUAACUGAAAGCCUGCUUUAGCAUAUAGAUAGAUAUAGGUUGAGAAAACUCAUCAGCUCUUGUGUUUCUUCUGCUAGCUAAACUGAUGCUGGUUGUAUUAGUCGUUGCAGUGUCACACUUCUGACAUUCAUUUCUGUGAUGUGGUUGCUACUGCUUCCUGGAUGAAGCAUUUCACUGUGGGGUUCUUGCAGUGAAUCGAUGAUCCUGCAAUCCUUUUGGAUGAUGGAUGCACUUUGCAUAAUUGGAAA